ACAAGUUACUAUAGUGGGAGAAAUUAUUCAAGAUAGUAACACUGCUUCUGAACUCAUUGAGUAGUUUGCAAACAAUGCUUAGGAAGCUAAUCAAAUUUUUUCUCGUAAACAAACAAAAACAAAAUAUUUUUGAAAUUUUCAUUUGGCAAAGUGAAAUUUGAAAUUUGAAUGAUGAAGAACUAAUAAAAAUAACUAUUUAUAUGAUCGAAAAAUGUGAUAUAAACCAUUUUCAUGGUUUGUAAAAGCCUUUUAAAAUGAAUUAUAUUAAAUUUGCUGUAUUUACUCUGUGUGUAUUAUAUAAGCUAGAGGAUGCCAGAUCGAUAAAAUGUUACCAGUGUUCAACAGCAGAAGAUCCUGACGGCGAAGACAACUGUGGCGCUUAUGAAGACUUUCGUCGAGAGAAACACGUCGCUGUUGACUGUUCAAGCGAUGAAUCCAAAUCUCCUGGCUCAUUUUGGGAUGGUCGCUGGAGACAAGUCAUCAGGCAGUGUGCGUCGGUGGCGGAAAAUGGAGUAACCGACGUUUGUCAUUGGGGUGUUUUAGAAAAUGGUGUUUAUUGGGAAAAGUGUUACUGCUCCAAAGACGGUUGUAAUUCUUCGGUGAAAAAUAUUGUAUCGAAGAGUUUAAUGUUCUUUAUCUUGAAUAUUUGUGUAAGCGAGUCCGUCCAAGCAUUUCUCAAAAUGCGUCUUCCAUCAACCAGAGUAUUAUGUGAUUUUCAUAGUAUUAUAAGAUUCACGAAGUAUUUAACUGAGUUGAAACCUGUAAACACACGUUCUUCUUGAAUAUGGAAUGAAAAGGUAGAUUCGUAAGUACCAAUGAAAUAUGGCGCGUUGGAGCAAAUUAUUUGUUCAAUAAUUGCUAUUCCACCAAACUUAUACGUUCAAUUGUGUAAGAUAGGUGAAAAGUAACCACUCUGAACGAUGGUAAUAAGCUGCGGAAAAUUUCAGCUACAUCUGCGAUAUAAAGCCAAGUUAGAAUUGCGAAAUGCGAACCAAAAUCCGUUUUAAAAAAUUUACAACAUACCUUCGUUCAUUUCAUCACUGAUUAAAAAUGCCGUGGAUAAAAUACUUUUUGAGCUUUUCUUCUAUCUGUACAGAAGCCCAUUUUAUAUUGGGAACAUCUUUAUAGAUCGGCUUAUAGCGAAAUCUUUUCUUCUUAAAUGUGUGCACAGAUACGGGUUUCCUUUUACUUAUUUAUUUUUCUGAAAAAAUUAAAAAUUAAAUUGAUCAGCGGUGAAAAUCUUCAACAUGAACAUAACGAUAAAUGUGCAUAUUAUAGAGAUUGUAUACCGAUGAAGUCCGUUCAAGUGUGAAACUGGAAUUUAACUGAGUUUGCAUAAAGUCUGAAGCGAUUUGUUUCAAAUUCUCGUUGAACUGCAUACUUUUCCUACAAUUCCAAUAAUCUUUUCCGCCAUAAAAAUCAUGUAACACUACUGCUGCAUGCUCCAACACGAUGAAUCUACCAUUAAAAAAACUAUGUUAUGCAAUUCUGAAUCAAUUUGAUCAGGAAUUAAAUGUUAUGUUUUGUACAGCGUACCUUCCUGAAAAAUUAUUCAAGAGGUUCUCCAAUAGUGAAGCUGGUCCAUGAAAUGAAACACAUUGGAUUUUUUUCACCGGCAUAUUGUAACCAAGCACAGGCCAUUUAUUAUAAAACCUUAAAUCUUUAGCACUAAAAUAACAGUCACGAAUGAAUAAAUAAAUAGGUAGGUAAUUUUAAACGCUGGGAAAACUGAGAAUUCAAAUUUUACAUCAAUUUUAUAUGUUGACAUUCCUCAACUGCCCACUUAUCCUCCCAAGAGUAAUUUCCGAACGAAAUCUCUUUGAAAUGUUGUAGAAUAAGAAUGUGAUCUAUUGCUUCUUUACCAUAAUCUGGAACUCAUUUUGAAAUAAUUCGACAAUGAAAAAUAAACAUAUCGUGUGCGCUAUUAAAAAUAUACCUUCUAAAAAUUCGUACAUUUUGACAACCGGAGCGAAUGAUUUUAAGCUUGAGGCUUGAUACGUCAAAAAACAGAUCCCAAGGAAGUUUGCUUUGAGAAUCGAUUUCAACAGAUCUCCAGUGAGGUAAAUGACUCCAUGGUGGUAAAAUCUGUGGAAUUUGUAAGGAUCAUGUAGGUAGAGGUACUAAGUAAUGUAGAUAUCUCAAAUUAUGAUUUUAAAAAUGUAAAUUUCGAAUCCUGUAUUUACCAAGUGCCAUUUGAUUUCAUCUUGUGGUAAAUUUUUGAUGAAAACAGCUAAUCGCAUGUACACAUCACGUCUGAGGUUGAAACCUUCUGGAGAAUUGACAUCGUACAGUAGGUACCUAUAAGAGAUUAAUGCGAAUUUUUUAUUAAUCUAAAAAUAAAAUAAUUUACCAAAUAAUUUGGAAUUAAAUGACGGGUACUUUUUGGGCAUACGUCUUCGGUGUUCGCUUUUGAAUGACAUUCUUGAGAGUGGAUACAUGUGAUAGGAAACAAAAUUGAAAUAAUGCAAAUCAAUUUGAAUGAAACCACUGUUAACUGUUAAGUUACUAAAGUUUGCCAUCUCCGGUGAAUCACAUGAUGAAGAAAUUGACGCGGUUGUUCAUUCAUUUGUACAAUAUUAUACCUAUACGUAGGUAUGAGUCGCUUUUAUCUUAAAAAUGUAGCAU